CGUGGGUUCACAUGGGUUCAUGUCGUUCUACUGUGUGCCCUGUGUGCUAAUUUAAUUCACCAUCAUUAUUACAUAUAAUUAUUAAUAUACAGUAGUUAUUAAAUUAAAAAAUUUUAUAAAAUAGAAUCUACCCAAAGUGUCAUCGUCUCAAUAUUAAUUAAACUAUUAGCCAUCGGUGAUAGUGAAUAUAAAUAGAGUUGGGAGCAUGAUUAAAUCUGAUGCAAACAUGUCGGAUACUCGUCGACGUCGUCAUAAAUCUGAACAAUCCCAUGCAUCCGAUGAUUUAUCAGAUUCAUUUGAUGAACUUGUGGAAACAAAAGAAACUCUGAGCAGUGAGCCAACAGAAAUUCAUCGUGAUUCGGAGUAUGAUACUGCCGGAAGUGAGGGCGAGUCUGAUGGAGGAUCGCAAGAUGGUGUCCAGCGUGAAAGCGGAGACGGCCAGGAGGAGGAUAAGCCACCGAAAAAGUUGGAUGACGAUGAGGACAGACGUAAUCCGCAGUAUAUACCAAAACGCGGUACUUUCUAUGAGCAUGACGAUCGUACGGCUGAAGAAACUGCUGAGGAUGCUGUGGAGCAGCCUGCUGAGAGAGAGUCUAAGGACAAGAAGGUUUGGAAGGAUAAAGAAGACAGGUGGGAUCAUGAUAGAUAUAAUGAUGAUGAGCAGGCUCCGAAGAGUCAUGAAGAACUGAUAGCUGUGUAUGGGUAUGACAUCAGGAAUGAAGAAGGUCCACCUAGAGCGCGCAGACGCCGCAGAUAUGGUCGCGGGCCAAAUAAAUAUACACGUAAUUGGGAGGAUGAAGAUGCUUAUGGUAAAACGCCGACAAAUAUUUCAACGAAACAAAAUAGACGGUCGAACAAAACUGGUGAAGAAUUUCCUGCUCUGGGUGGUUCUGCAAAGGAUAAUAAUCCAGAUACAGCAGAAGAACCGGUAAUAUCAUCAGCAUGGUACAGUAACAAAAAUAAAUAUCAUAGUAAUAAACAGCAAAAUGCUUUUCCACCACUUCAAUCUCAACAGGAAAAUCAUAGAAUUGAAGUUCAAACUACUAAUAAUACUCAAACGAACGAAAAUAAAGCUCCUAAUGAGCCAACCAAUCCAGCUUGGAAAAAGGAUGCUACGUACACACAUCAGAGUCUAAUGGCAAAUAUAACCAAUGUUGCUGAUAAUGAAAAAACGACAACGCCAACAACAACAGUUAAUGUGAAACCAGUUUAUGCAAACAGGAGACAGGUCCAAGAGAGCGUUAGUCUUGCAGCAAGUAGAGUACGAGGACGCGGUUUUAAACCAACAGCUAAUAACAAUCUCGUUGCGAAUAGAACUGGUGAUAGUAAGCCGAAAGGUCGUGGUAGUGGACUGAUAACUGGUGGUGAUAGAAGAAAUAAUACCAGUCAACGUGAUGACGAGCAGCUUGUUAAUGAGGUCAAACAUAUGAACAUUAAUGAUGGUUCAAUGUAUCAUCAUGGACGACAGCAAAAAAAUUUCUAUGGACAAGUAUCGAGUCAGCAACGAUCGAAUGCUGCUUUAUCGCGUAUGCAGCAAGCGUCCACGCAUCAGCAACAGCAGCAGCCGCAAUCACAGACUCAUUCUCAUUCUCAUUCCCCGUCUGAGGUUGCGGGAAGUAGACCAAAACGUUACUCGAGUCUUCGUCAACGACCAGCUAUUCCGGAUGGCCCUGGACAACAAAAUUAUCAGACUCAACACGGACAGCACAACCAACACGGACCACAUGGACAACAUAAUCAGCAUGGACAGCAUGGAUUUUAUCCACCUCAAGGUGGAAAUUCACAUGGUGUAAUUGAAUCUCAAGGAUUUCCACAGAAUCAUUUUGAUCAAACUCCUCAAGUGCCGUCGCCCGCAAAUACACUCACACCUCAAUCCGUGAUUCCAUUGUCGACAGCCGGACAACCUGGUUCUUUUGCACCACCUCCAUUCUUGGUGCCAACUCCACAGUUUAUUGCGCCUCAAACGGCACCACCGAGUAUUAUUAAUUACGUAUCAGGUCCCAAUGGCCCAGCAUUUCCGCCUAAUUUUCAAGGGUAUCAAGGAUAUAAUCCAUCGGUUCAGCCGCCAGUACCACAGCCACCGCCAGAACUAUAUCAACCACAGGGUUGCACAUACUACAGUCCAGCUCAGCAGCCGCAACAGGUGCAGCAAAUAGCACCGCUUAGACGACCAAAAGCGGCCAUUCCUAUCUUACCUCCUCCAGACAAUUCAAUACAACGUCAUCAAAAUAGCCGUGGUAGAGGUCGUAAUACUUGUCAAACACUUUCUAAUAACGCACCUGGUGGUCAAUUGUUACCAGGUGAGCAACAACAAUUUCAACAAAUCGAUGCACAGCCAUGUGUACCUACAGAAUCACUUGUUAUUAAUUCCUCAAAUGAUGCAUUUGACAAUUCACCUGUCGAGCAAAUAGAAAAAAAUUCUGAAAUUACAGUAACGCAAAUGUCUUCUGAAGAAAAAAAUAUUGUUGAUGAUAAUACUUCGGUAGACAGUGCUGCAAUAAAUGAAAAUGUUUCAGUAGAUAACAAUAAAUUAGUAGAAAAUGUUAUGGUAGAACCAUCAAAUGAAAAAGUCACAGAAAAAGUUGAUGAAAAUAUAACAGAAAAAAUAGAUAAAAAUUUAACAGAAAAAAUUAAUGAAAAUAUAACAGAAAAAAUUGAUGAAAUAAUUUCUACUGAAGAAAUAAAACAAUCUGCUAUUGAAAUAAAUAAUUUAAAUAACGAUAUUAAAAUUGAUAAUAUAAAUGAGGUAGACAAUAGUGUUGUGUCAGUCACACAAAAUGAUUGUAAAAAUAAUAUUGAUAAAACAGCCGUUAUUGUUGAUAAUAAUUCUAAUAAUACAUCAACUAAAAGUAUUGAAGUAGAAGCUGUUGCUGUCAAUGAAACCGAAAUAAAUACUAAAGUUGAUAAUGUAGUUCCGACUCCCGUGGUUGAAGAGACGGCUGCUUAAUUUAUGUGUAUUUAUAAUAUUAUAUUAAUUCUUAAUAUGAAAAUUUUUUCUAAUUGUCUUUAUGUAAAAAUAUUAUUUUAUAUUUCAUUUAUAAAAUGUAUCACGAAUUUAUUUUCUAUUUGUACAAAUUACUAAUUAGGCUUAUACUUAGUUUCGAUGUUGUAAUUAAUUAAUUAUUUAAAAAUAGUAUAUUGUGUGACAAGGGAUGAAACAAAUCGAUUUCCGACUACGGGUGACGUUGACGUCACCCGCAGUCUGAAAUCGUUUUUCAUCCUGAGUUACACACAAUAUUAUUCAUGAUUACCCACAUUGGAACUUGACAUUCCAGUGUCAGCAGCCAGUCAGAAACAAGUUUAUUUAAGACCAAUGGUGUGAUAAACUAUUAGCGUUAGCGUUAAUUGUGAUUUGCAGUUUUCAGUCAGCGGGCAGAAUUAGUAUAUUACACAUCAAGGAAGGAAAGUAGGACGGGGAUCCAAUGUGUGCAUACGACUUUUCACCAGACCUGCACCUGAAAGUUUAAAUUUUCGCCUCUGUUUGUGGGAAGAAUGGCGCAUGUGCUAAUUUUUAUCAUUUGUUUUCUCAUAAGAAAAAAGAGCGACUUUCUUCCCCCCAAGCUGGGCAAGAAUUUGGACUUUUGAUGCAGAACUGGUAAAAAAUUAUACAUACACGCUUUCGGCUCGGGUAGGUAAUUAUACUACUUUCCUCCCUAGGUAUGUACCAUUUUUCUCGCCUCUGGGCGGAAAGCGUCAACUUUCGUCCCGCUGUGCAAAACGAAGUUGCCGCUCUCCGCCUUCGUCGAGGAGAAAAAUAGUAUACACUCCGUGGGCAAUAAAUAAGAAAGCCUCAGAUCAGUCAGAUCACAUGUUUGUUAACAAUUACAUGUGAUCUGAGACAUUUCUUACUUUACUGCUCUAGGUGUGUAAUAUACUAUUUUCUUUCCAAGGGACGAGUCAAGUUUGCUGCGACUGGCUGUACACGGAAAUAACAAUAUAGUAGUGGAUGCAGUCUAGAUAGCAUACAGUACUGUCUGAAAUUUUUUUUUUUUUUUACUGAAAGUACUCAGUACUAUCCCAGAGAGUAGCCACUACUGUAUUGUUUUUUCCGUGUAGAGACACUGAAACUGAAUUUCGAUGCUGGUGUUAUGAAAAUUUAUUUUUGUAGAAGUUUUAUUUUCUAAUCGCGCUACAUUUUAUAAAUAAGUUUACAAUUUGAAUAAAAAUAAUAUUUAAUUGUUAUGUAAUUAAAUAUACAUAAUUAUAAUGUCAAAUAAUUAUUUAAUUAACGUAGAUUACAUUAUUAUAAACGUCAAUAUUUUCAUGUUUCUGCCUAUAAUAAAUUUUAGUUUUGAAAAUUAAUGAAAAUAAAUGCUGGUGAAUUGGAUUAAAAAUAAUGCCAUAAACAAUUACUAUAGAUAUAUAAUUAAAAAAUCGAUUGAUUUACGAUACAUUACAUUAGACGGUAAAGCUCAAUGUAUAGACUUCUGCACGCCGUUAAAUAUAUUUAAAAUUUCCGAUUUAUCUCAAUGAAAUAUAGUCUAAUUCAUUCAAUUUUAAGCUUUAUACUCUAUUGUAAAUAUGAUAUUUAGUGUUAGGAGAUUUAAAUAUUAACUGAAACCAUAAAAUUAUUAUUGAAAUAACAUAAAUUAUAUUCAUUUAUUUAUACACAAUUGAUAAAUUGCUGCUUUAACUAAUAAAAGUAUAAAUAUGUAUUUUAAUAGCCACUUGAUCCGUAAUCAUGAAUAAAAUAAUCAAUAAAU